CAGAGUAAGGGAGCGAGAGAGCGAGAGAGAGAGAGGCCGCGGCGAGAAAGAGCUUCUUCGUCUCUGCUCGCUCGCUCGCUCGCUCACUUACUUGCUUUGGUUAGGGCCUUUCACUAUUUGGAGUUCUCCACCAUCUCUCUUUUUAUUACACGAGCUGCGAGAGUCGGGCGAUGCGCUCUGUUUGGUGGUGUAUGAGGACGUUGGAACGUAAAUCGGGAUGAGAUGUGAAGGAACGUUGGUGAGAGGGUGAAGGGAAUGCAGGCGCGAGGAGAAUGAGGAGCGGGCAGAUUUGUGAGGAGAGAUCAAAUUUGAAGGAUCCGAGGAGCGGGGAUGGAGGUUAGGAUUGUAUGGGGCAGGUGGUUGAGAAUUUUGUGUGCGGGGAUUGGAUUGGGUUGGAUUGGGCGAGAUGCUCACACCGAGUGCACGGGGAUUGUACUUUUGACGAUCUGAAGUGAUCAGAAAUGGGAAUUCAGCUGAUUUUCUUUGGCAACAGGCAGAGGAGAAUUUUGGUUGAUGACGAGCUUUCGGUAUUGGCCCAUGCGGCUGCCAUGUCUCUCCGUUCUCCGUGAAGUCUGCCGUUGUCAGCGAUGGAUGUGAAAUUUUUUCCGUUUACAGGUCCUGUCUUGGAGUAAAUGGCUGCUCCCUCGCAAAGAGUUAGGUUUUUAUGUGCAAGCAGAAAUGUGUUGGACACAGAGGUUUCCUGUGAAGGACAUGAUUUUGGAACGGAAUGAAGGUGCUUAGGUAGGGCUUACUGUUGUAGUUGGUGGGGGCACAGGAAAAUCAAUGUUGCGAUUUGAUCUCGCUUCCAAGGCCUUCGCAAUAUUGCUAGAAGGGUCUUUUUAGAGAUUGAAGUUGAAAAAUGGAGGAUAUUUUUAGCUUAGGCGAGAAGUGGAUUAAAACAGUGGCAUCUUCAAGAGUUCUAACAAGGUCAGCAUCAGGACGGCCUGAGGUACCAGCUCGAGCUGCGGCUGCUGCUUUGGUGGCCAGGAAACUUGCCACUCUUCCUCCCCAUGAACGAGUGUCGCUAUCUGGAGGGGCGGGUUCUAUAUAUGCAGCUCGAUUACGUGGAGAGCCACCAGAGAAGCUUGAAGAAGUGUUCUAUGAGGAUAAAUUUGACCCCGUCAGACAUUUGCUGGAGCAUAUUCCAGCUGAAGGUGUCAACCAAGGCUAUUUUGAUGGCCAGGUUGGGCAGAGAUUGCAGCAACUUGAUGUUAUUACGGAAAGCUUGUCUAAACAGGUGAUGGAACACCAUGAAGAGAUGGUGAAAGGGAUGCAGCUUGUUACAGAGCUUGAGAGAGAUUUGCAGAUAGCGAGUAUCAUCGUUAAGAAUGGGAGGCGGCAUCUGUCAAGGUCUAUAAUUGAGGUUUCCAGAGAUCUUAUUGUGGCUGCAAAUGUGAACAAGAAGCAAGUUUUGUUGGAUAUAGUUCCAGUUUUGGAACGCUUACACCAAGCUUUGGAUAUUAAAUCACGCCUUGACAGUGUAGUGGAUGAAGGAGACUUUUCUAAAGCUCUGCACAUGUGUUCAGAAUGUUUGCUGCUUUUGGAGGAAUGCCCAGACUUAGUAGCUGUUCAAGAAAUGAAUCAGAGCAUCGAGGAAUGGCUGCAGAGAACCAUUGCCAAAGUAGACGCUUUGCUUAUGGACGUAUGUCGAAAGUUUGAGGCAGAGAAAUACAAAACUGUUGUUAAUGCUUAUACUUUGCUGGACGAUGUCACCAGUCUUGCUGACAAGGUGCAGAGCUUCUUUGCACAGAAUGUUGUUACAGAAACGCACGAUGUGCUUAAGAACCUAUUGUUUGAGGGAGAGGACGCACAAAUUGCACUGAAAAAGAGCAGACUCCCAUAUAGAGACUUGUGCAUGCUUCUUCCUGAGGAAAAGUUUAAGCAAGUUUUGUGCAAAAUCCUGGAGGUGCUUUUCGACCUAAUGUGUUCAUACCACACCAUGAUGACAUGGCACCAAAAACCAGAGUCUGCUGAGAUUAAACCUCCUGAGGAUCCCCAACAAGCGGUCCUUCUAAACCGAAAGCUCCAGCACCGUCGCUCAGGUAGUCACGGGGAUUUGAACCAAAUCGCCAAAGAAAGGAGGCAUGUUCGUACUGGAUCACUCUCCGGUAUGAGAACAGGAUCAGAACUUUUUGCUACACCUAUGUCCCCAACUUCCAUAAAUGCAAGCAGGCUGUUGGGUCGGAGUGCGUCGAGAAGAAGACCUGGUGCUGAUAUUUCAGAAACAUUUGAAAAUGGCACAACCUCAAGUGGGGAACUAGAUGUCAGAUUUUUAGAGGACGACGGAGAUAAUAAUGAUCUUGUGAGGCGAGAGGAAGUAGUGACAGCGACUGUUGCACGUGCGUUGGAACGUGGGAGGAAGACAGUCUGGGAAUUAGCGGCACGUCGGGUGGCAGCGUUACUUUCAAACGAUGCAGUGUGUCUAUCAACCCCGCACCAGUUUUUACAAAGCUUGGACUGGGUGAACAAGUUCAUACUUGCAGGAGAGGCAUUUUGUGGUGCUGAAGCUGCAUCGUUACGAACCAAGCUUACGAAGCAGAGCGAACAGUACUUUGGAGCUUAUCACUGCCAAAAUCUCGAAAUUCUGCGGAUGCAUGUCGAAAAGGAGCUGUGGCAACCGCUGUCAUCGUUGGCGCUUAAGUCGGUGAAUUUAGCUGGUCUAACUGGUCAUGGUGCAUCAUUAGUCCGACCCUCUGUUUUGGGUGAGAAUCCUGUAUCUUCUCAAGGACCUAGCAGUCUUCGUGCUGGUGCUCAAAAGACGAGUUUCGCAGAUUGGUUACGUUUGGGAAAUCCCUUCACCGAAAAAGCACUGCAUAGCCCUGUCACCACAAGAGUUGUGGAUGGAGAGGCUGUGAAGGUAAAUGGUGUUGACAAUGGAGAGGUUAUGGCGAAUGGCGGUGUGAAAGUUGAAGAGGAGGAAGAUGAUGAAAAUGACGAUCUACUGGCUGACUUUAUAGACGAGGAUAGCCAGUUGCCAGGUCGAUUGUACCAUGAUUUUCGGAAAAGCUCUAAUCCUAUGGAGGCAAAAAAUAUACAAGGUUCUAAUGAAGACAAACAAUUGGUACUUACAAAUUCUUCGGUGAAUAUCCUUAGAUAUAUGGACAAGUAUGCACGAUUGAUGCAGAUUUUGCAGCCAAUUGCUGCGGAUGUGUUUAAGGGUUUGGGACAACUCUUUGAAUUAUACUUUUUCUCCAUUUUUAAGACUUUUGGACAGCGAGAGGCGUUUGGAGGUAGUCGGGGUCAAGAAUCUUUCCUGCUUACCCCUCAACUGCGGGCGACUCUGUUAAGGAUUUCGCAAGGACUAGAGGCGCAAAGGUUGAAACAGUCCGCAAGCAUGGGUGCUCAGCCUUCAAUACCUAUUAUGGGUGCCUCAGUUGGAGUUAUCAAUUCACCUGGCACCCAAUCAGAUACGCCACUGAGCGAUGUAUCUGGAGGUGGUGAGAUAGUGAUGGCCCCGACUAACUUGUAUGCUGUUAAGGAGCGCACAGUGGCAACGGAGUCACUGGCUUGUCUUUCACAAAUGUUGAAAAGAUCAAGGCCAUUGUUGCAAGCUAUGCUGGACCAAGAUUCAUUGGCGUCUGUUGAAUUCUUUUAUGCUCGCACGAUAGAUGCAGUGCCAGAUUUGAGAGAUCAUGUGUACAAGGCCGUGGCACGGAUGCUCCUCAAUGUGGGAGGUUACGUUGAACGCAUAGCUAGUGUGAGAUGGGAGCUUAAAGACUUGGGAAUGGAACACAAUGGAUAUGUGGAUUCCCUACUGGGUGCAUACAAGCAGUUCUCAACGAGAUUGGGUUAUGGGGGACUUGACAAGGAGAUGCACGAGCUUUUGUUAGAAUAUGGAGUGGAUACACUUGCUGAAACUAUUGUUGAAGGCUUCUCACGCGUAAGGAGAUGCAAUAAUGAAGGCCGUGCUUUGAUGUCCCUUGAUCUCCAGGUGCUUAUAAAUGGCUUGCAGCAUUUAGCGCCUCAGAGACUGAAGUCCAACUUGCAAGUUGUGGAAACCUACAUAAAGGCAUUCUAUUUGCCUGAGACUGAGUACUUGCACUGGGUCAGAACACAUCCUGAGUAUACGAAGUCACAAGCUAUAAGUCUUAUCAACCUUGUUGCCACUGCAAAUAAUUGGAAGAGGAAAACUAGGGUUGAUAUCAUAGAUAGAAUAGAGGCUGGUGAUCUUUGACCAUCUUAUUUCAGGACAAGCUCCUGAAUGUAGAAAUAUUAGAAGAUAUAGCUAUGAGUUAUUCUUUUAUUUUCUUGAUGCACUAGGUCAUCAGUUAGGUUUCUGGCAAAUUCAUGUGGAGAAGCUCUAUGCAAGGACUAUGUCACAUCUUACAACUAACGUGGAAGGCCAGCUUGGGAUGCAUAGGACAGGUUGGUUCAGUGAAUUUGUUUGUUCAGAAGAUCCUCCAUUCCAUGUUGGCCUUAAUUUCUCGUGGCGCACCAUAUUUAUGCCUUUUAAGUAGUUCAAAACGAUAUCUGGAUAAUCGAGGAACACCCAAUUUCCUCUGAGGACGAUAUUAUCGGCACCCCAGCUUGGAGUGAGAAUAAAAAUGAAAAGGAAUGGCAUUUCCAACUCAUAUUCCAACGCCAACGAACCAGAUUGGCUGCCCGCAUUACAAUAAUCUGUUCACUGUAAAGUCCGCUUUGUGACACUGGAAUGGCAGGUCAUAGUGGACCAUCAACAGUGGCUCUAUCAUUUGCCCCAUUUUGGAAAUAGUGGUGACGGUGUGUGCUAGCUGUAUCAUGUUGUAAUCAGUUCUACUUUCUCUACCUGCUCCUAAUCUUCUCAGCUUAAACACUUGUAAUUUCUGCACUUCAAAUCCCCUCUUAAGAUUGGUCUUGCUCUGUUUGCACUGUGCAAAUGAGAAAACACAUCUGAGGUGCCUCACUGGUGGCAACGUACUUCUCUUAAUUCAUAAAUCCUUUUUGACAUCAUAGUUAGCACAGGUAUUGCAAGUUUCUAGCCCACUACUGAUUCAGGAGUCACAACAACGCCUGGAUUUUGAAGAUUGGGCCAAAACUAUGGAGAUCAAAAGGACGGUUGGGCAACGGAUGAGGGGGGAUGGAUGGUAGAGUAGAAAAAAGAGUUGUAUCCAUCUGAUCAAUCUCUUCAGGCUCAACAAACACCCAAGUUUAAAUUACUCCAACUCUUAUCUUCAACGCUCAUGCAAUAAGAUCUUGCAUGAUUAUGAUGCGGAUUUUCCUAAUCAGUGGGUCGUAGCAGCGGUAAGCCUUUGUUUUGGUGUCAUAGUCGAUGAGGGCGCAUUUGUGCGCAUGGGUUGAGAGCUUCAUGCGUUUGGUUGCGGGAACGUGGACAUGGAUGGUGUAGCCAAUAGUGCGCAAAUGGGCAAGAUUCGGCUUCUUCCCUGAAAACAGUUCAUGAGGAGAGGAGAGGGGAGUUGACUUACCCGGAAUGCGGUUCUGGAUGUGGCAUGCGGUGUGGAGUAAUUUGCCCCGUAGAGAGUCGAGUGAUGAUGGACUUAUCUCAAGGAGGGACCUAUUGUGCCGUUCUCCCCCUCCAUUGUGCUGAGGGGCGCCGCCUUGGGUGAGCUGCAUGGUGAUUUCUUGUUGCGGACAUAAGGAGUCAAACUGGGCAUAGGUGAACUCGCCGCCCUGGUCGGAGCGAAGAUAGGAAGGCCAGCCUGUUUUUCAACGGUUGCUUUUAAAAAUAGAGAAAAUAUAAAAAGUAUUGGAUUUGUUUGAAGCAAGUAGACCCACAUGUAGCGUGUGUAGUCAUACACAUAGAGCAAAAUACUUAGCACAUGCAGGAGUGGAUACGUGGAAAGGACAGCUCAAAUCUGUAUAAAUGAGUUGAAGAGGUCAUGAGGCUCUUGUGUAGCUGAUUUUUGGGAAUUUAAGUCUUUGCUGCUUACGGAGGAGGCAUCCUUCGCAUGUGAGCGUCACUUUCGGAAGACAGGGAAGAUUUGUUACGAUUUAUGAGGCGGAUAAAGAAGAGAAUCUGUUAUGAUUAAUAUGACCAAGACGUAAGUGCCAUAAUUUUAGCUUGUCUACUGAGUUCUUGAUAUGUUGAGUAGAUUUUGCAGACCAGCAAGAGGGGUUUGUAGAAACUGAAUUGAUAAGCUUGGUUGUAGCUGGCGUAAGGCGAUAGAGAUCAGAAGCAUGAGGACGUUCAGCUUGGGCAAAUAUCUUGCAUUUUUCACGAUUAAUGAUCUGACAACAUUCUUAUGCAAAGACAUGGAUAAAGCUAGAGUCACAAAUUCUCCCGACUGAGAGUAGACUAUCGACAACAGAGGGCACAUUCCAAACGUUAUCGAUAUAUUUAUUUGGACCGUGAGUGGAAAUUGAGGCACGACCCAUGCCAUGUAUAUGGUGGUGUUGCCCUCCUGCGGAACGAACUGUCCUAGUGAGAGGUUUUGGUUCUAAGGUUUCUGGGAGUUGUGCGGAGCCGGUGACACAGGAAGUUGCGCCGGAAUCGAGACACCAAGUUUGUAUGUGGGCUGCAGUUUGAACUGAGAGGGCCUGACCGAGGGCAUUUGAGGAUUUCGAGGAGAUCGAGGGGUCGACUCUGAGUCAUCAGUUUUGGAGUCCGCACAAAGACUGUGCCUGAUCAAAGGAGGCACAUGAGCGCAGAUCCUGGAGGCGGACGGUGAGGCGCUUGAGUUGUUCCUCUAUUUUGUAGAUCGGGCAUUCCCGCGUCCAGUGAUUUAGGGCACCACAAUGGCGGCAAAUGUUCCCCGAUUCGUGACGGUUGAACUCGACGGGGUGUGGCUUACGUUGGUUAGAUUGCCAGGGUUGGUUUGGCUCUUGAUCCAUCCACCACUGCGUUAAUAAGGACGAUAAUUGAGUAGGAGGCGGGCGAUGGAGAGGCAACGGUCGUCAAUGGGAUCUAUGUGAGGAGUUGCUGCAAACUGUGAGGGCGAUCUUGGAGUGUCUGUUUGUGUCCUUGAUGCGGGGUCAAGAUUCUUCUUACAAAAAGGGUUCUAGUUCUCGGAGAGUGAAAGGUUUCUGUUAAGUCAUGAGUGACUGCACAUAUCCAACAUAUUAAUGUGGCUGGGCGUUGAGUACUAGAGUGGCUAUACAAUCUGUGCAGACAACCUCGGCUUGUGUAAGUUUGUCAACAAGUUCUUUAAUGAUCCGUAGGAAUUCUUUCAUGCUGC